AUGACUGCCACAGCCACCCCGGGCAGCACCCACAAGCUCACCAGCACCAAGGAGGAGAGGAAGUUAAGGAAACCCCUCAUUGAGCGGAAGCGAAGGGAAAGGAUUAAUAACUGCUUAGACCAGCUGAAGGAGACAGUUGUGGGAGCAUUUCACCUGGAUCAGUCUAAACUGGAAAAAGCAGACAUCCUUGAAAUGACGGUGAAGCACCUCCAGAACAUCCAGAGCAGCAAGAUGAUGGCUGACUCCAAAGUGGGUCUGGAAGCCCAGCAGAGGUACAGCACUGGGUACAUUCAGUGCAUGCACGAGGUGCACAACCUCCUUCUCACCUGUGAGUGGAUGGACAAGAGCCUCGGGGCGCGCCUGCUAAACCACCUGCUGAAAUCCUUGCCCAGGUCUGGUGAAGAUACCUGCAAAGCAGCACUGAGGUCUUCCAGCCCAUCUCAACAGCCUCUCUUGACGCCAAAAGGUCCCCUGAGCCCUAAGGGGAGCAAUCGGGGCACAAACCUGGCACAGGAGCGCUUCUACUCUGCAGAGAACAAGCAGGCUUCCAAAAAUUCCUUCCAGGUGCCGUUGCUGUCGGUUUUCAACCAGGUUGAUGCUGCGCCUCCCAGACAGGUCCUGCAGCCAAAUUUUUCCCAUAACAACCCUAGAAUGGGAUCAUUAGAUAUGUGGAGACCAUGGUAA